AAAUACUUCGUUACGUGAUACCAAUUAAUAAGCAUGUAUCAACUAGGGGCGCAUUUGUUGCCGAUAAACUUAGUUUGGUUUCAAACCCGUUUUGUAAACCCUACAUUUGUUUUUCAGUUUUUCACUUAAACUAAAACUGAUUUAGUUGUUUUUAGAAGCGGAAACAAGAACCGGUUUAGCAAACUGACCAAACUGCCUCCAGGUGCAGUUUGAUCGGUUUAGGUUGUCCGAACAUACAUGCACUUUCCUGGAAAAAUGGCGGCAGCCAAACAUGAAGGAAUGUUGGACCAAAAUUCAAAUCGAAUCAUGGCAAUUGGGCCGUUAUGUACAGUCGUGCCUAUACAGUUUCAUCGGUAUUUGUCGCCAGCUACAUUGAAAUCAUACUUGGCUUGCGAUGAAACCUACGGCAAUGAACUUAGAAAAUCUGUAGAGCCUGCUGACAUUCCCGUCAUAGUAAAGAACUACAGUGAAGUAGUGUAUGAUGGUGUUCAAAAACGUUUAAAUCAACUUGGCAAGCAAGCAGUUGAAGCAUUACAUCCAUGGGUUGUUAACACUUUGGUUGACAGGGAUGAUUUUGACAGGUGGAUUUGCAUGGCUGCUGAAGAAACCCAGAAGCCCAAUUUACCAAAUGACAGCCCACCUGGUUACUACUCCACAGAUGGCAAUCCACCUUGUAACUCAUCCACUGAUGACACCCCACCUCGUAACUCAUCCACAGGUGACAGUCCACCUCAUAACUCAUCCACAGAUGACAGUCCACCUGGUACUUUGUCGGAAAGCUGCAAGGCAAAAGUAUCACAGAACGAAGUAUUGCAAAGCCCAAGUUUUCAGUGGACGAGACCUGCUGUUCUUAGGUUAAUAGCACUUUAUAAAGAGAAUGAAGCAAAAUUUCAGAAACCAGCUAUUAAGAAAAAGACAGUUUGGCAAGAAAUUGCAAACAAAAUUACUGAACACCUGUUACCAGUAACAUGGCAGCAGUGUGAACAAAAAUGGAAAAACAUGACAAAAGCAUACAGAGACACAAUUGAUAAUAACCGAAAAUCUGGUGCUGAUAGAAAGGAAUGCCCUUUCUUUAAAGAAAUUGGAGAAAUAUAUGGGUACAGACCAAAUGUUACUCCAUUACAUUGUGAAGGAUCAAUGGCUUGUAUCACAGCUGAAGCUGGUGAAAGUGAAUCUAGCACAGGUAGUGAAGAACCAGGAGCUUCUACAUGUAGUUCACCAAUCAAGAAAAAAAAGCAAAAAACAAGAAAAAACAAAACCGAUACAGUAAUACAGUUAAUAGAAGAUAUGAAAGAAGAGCAAAGGGAGUUACUAACUGAGAUAAGAAAGCAACAUGAAGAUAGAAUGACAACUGAAAAACAGAAAAUUGAACUUUUGUCAAAAUUACUGAAAGAUUGAAGUUAAGAAAGCUGGACAACAGUAUUGCUUGUUUUAAAAUGCUCAGCACCUAGAACUGAUUGCGUUUUAAUAUGCUCAGCACAUAAAAUGGUAUGGCUUGCUUGAAAAUGCUCAACACUUAGAACAGUACAGCUUGUUGAAAAAUGCUCAACAUAAAGAAAAGUAUCACUUAUUUGAAAGUAAUUUACACAUAUAACAGUAUCACCUGUUUGAAAAUGAUCAACAUGUAGUACGCAAUCACUUGAUUAAGUAUCAGUUUGCUGGAUUGUUAAUGUGCUAAUUCAUUCUGAUUUGGAAGUUCUGUCUGAAGAACAGACAUUAGUGUUUUGAAAUUUAUAAAACCUUACUCAGUUUUCUUGUUAAAGUAAGAUGGUUAGUUUUUAAAGUGUUCUAACAUUUCAUUUCAACUAGGCAGCAGAUUACCUGCCAAAUUUGUUUGCUAAUUUUUGCCCAGUUUAAGGUCCAGGUGUUCUUAUAUCUACUUUGUUGACUUAAUUGGUCAUUUUGUGUUUCGUGCAAAGAAUGCACCUGACUUACAUUCUUUAGAUAUCCAAAAUGUACAGUGUUUUUAAAAUUAAAUGAUAAAAGUAAUGAUCUUCUCGGAAGAAGUUCUGCCAUAGACUUAAUAUGAUUCAGUUUUGAAUUGUGCUCCAUUCAAAACAUGGCUUUAAAGGGAUUUAAGAAGGAAAUUCUGCGUGGUUUUAUUAAUAGUAUAGUGGAAACUUCUUUAUAAACGUAUGUAUAAAGCAAGUUUUCUUGACAUGCUGUAAAAAUUGUUGUGGCCUUCUAGUUUAUUUUUUUGUAAGAUCAACUAUACUGCAGUAAAUAUUAUUAAAAUGAUUUUAGGAAUUUCAAACCUAUGGAAUUUAUAAUAUGCCCCAUUGAACAGCUGUAGGGCGAUAUAUGUGUGUUUUUCUGUGUGUGCUCACUUCUGCGAGUCGUAUUAGCUUCAUAUCUUUUAAACUGCUUAAAGAUUUUGAAUUUAUUUGUGUAUUUGCUAUUGAGAUAAUGUGUCCAGUACAGUUUUAAGCUAUACUGACACAAUUUCAAUAUAGUACUUGAGCUUCAAACUUCCACUUUACAAUGGUUUUAUAUAUGUUAAGUCUCCACACCUUAUCUCUCUUAACUGCCUGGAGUAAUUUAGCAGAAAUGUUUAACAUAAUGAAAUGGCGUGUGUUUAUUGGUCCAUUCUUGUAACAGUUCAAGGUCAUGCAGACACAAGGCAGAGCGCAAGUUUAAAUGGUAAAGAUAUGCUUGGCACUCAUCGUUGUUGUACACAGUAGCUGAUACCGAUACCUUUGCAGACAGAACUUA